GUUGUGGUUUUGUAAAAAUAAAACAGUUUCUCAUUUAAUAUUAUAUCCAACAUUUGCUCACUUCUGUAGUGUUCAAAGAUAUACAAACCAAUUUACUGUAUUCAACGAUAUAUAAACCAAUUUACUUUAUAUAAGACCAUCUUUGACAAUGCCGUACGCAAAUCAACCUUCUGUGCAUAUAACAGAGUUAACUGACGAUAAUGUUAAAUUUGUUGUAGAAGAUACAGAAUUAAGUGUAGCCAACAGCAUGCGUCGAGUGUUUAUAGCUGAAACGCCUACGAUGGCCAUCGACUGGGUACAAUUAGAGGCAAAUUCCACUGUUCUGAGCGAUGAGUUUCUGGCUCACCGCAUCGGUCUCAUUCCACUGAUAUCAGACGACGUUGUUGAUAAAAUUCGAUACUCUCGCGAUUGCAUGUGUGCCGACUUCUGCACAGAAUGUAGUGUUGAGUUUACAUUAGAUGUGAAAUGUACAGAUGAUCAAACAAGACACGUCACUACAGCUGAUUUGAAAACUAGUGACCCACGCGUUGUGCCCGCUACGUCACGGCACAGGGAUGAAGAUCAAGCAGAUUAUGGUGAAGCUGAUGAAAUUUUAAUCAUAAAACUUCGUAAAGGACAAGAAUUAAAGUUGAAAGCAUAUGCAAAGAAAGGUUUUGGAAAAGAACAUGCCAAAUGGAAUCCCACAGCUGGGGUGUGCUUUGAAUAUGAUCCUGAUAAUAUAAUGAGACACACAUUGUAUCCUAAACCAGAGGAAUGGCCGAAGAGCGAACACACUGAACUCGAUGAAGAUCAAUUUGAAGCAGAGUUCAAUUGGGAAGCCAAACCAAACAAGUUUUACUAUAAUGUUGAGUCAGCAGGUGCAUUAAAACCGGAAAAUAUUGUUUUGAUGGGUAUUGUAGUAUUGAAAAACAAAUUAUUGAAUCUUCAAGUACAGUUAGCACAAGAAGUACAAAAUGAUGCUCUUGCUAUUAAUUAGUAUUCUUAAUUUGUAAUGAUAAUCAUAAAGAACACCUAUAUAAGAUUAAUCAAAAUACAUUAUCACUGUAAUUUUGCUUAAAGUUAAAUAUUUUCACCAAAAUAAUUAUAGCUUUUAUUUAUUUAU